AUGGCUGAGGGCCUGUCAGUGGCCACAUCCUACAGCGAAGAUGAUUUCUACUGCCCCAUUUGUCAGGAGGUGCUCAAAACACCGGUGCGGACCGCGGCCUGUCAGCAUGUUUUCUGGAACAGUAAUAGGAGUGAAACAUCCACAUCUGAUAACACAGGCACAUACCAAGAAAAUAUAAAUUCUCCUGGGCAUCCCACCUUUAAGUGUCCAUUGUGUCAAGAAUCAAAUUUUACUAGACAACAUUUACUGAAUCACUGUAAUACUAACCACCUAUUUCAGAUAGUUCCUGUGACAUGUCCUAUUUGUGUGUCUCUUUCUUGGAGAAAUCCUAGCCAGGUUACAAGAAAUUUUGUUAGUCAUCUCAAUCAAAGACAUCAUUUUGAUUAUGGAGAAUUUGUGAAUCUUCAGCUAGAUAAGGAAACUCAGUAUCAAACUGCUGUUGAAGAAGCCUUUCAAGUAAACAUCUGA